AAAACAAGUUUCAUCGUCGUCGUUUCCGUUCCCUUCCCGCGGAUGAAACAGCCAAAACCCUAACAAGAAAUCACGAAAAGAAAAGAAUUUAAUUACAAAAUUCGGUUCAAUCUGGAGGGAAAACACAAAGAAGAGGAAGAAACUCAAGAAAUCGAACCAAGAAACUCCCUCAAAGCAUUGCUAUUCGUCACAGAACAUCGUUCGCGAUUAACAGUUCACUGAUGGAAAGCGGCGGCAAAGGGAGAGAGGAAGAACAAGACGGCAUGUCUGUACAUUCUCCAUGCAAAGCUCCACCGUCCUCCGCUUCCUCUCUCCCCAAGGAGCAACCCCAGAUUGAAUUAGAACUCAAACUCUUGCAAGCUCUUGAAAUUUAUCCACUAGUCAAACUCCAAGGCAUACAUCGCCAUUUCGUCCUCUUUGGGUUGAUGGAAUUUCUGCGAAGAAGCUUUGAUCGUCAGUUCUCUUCUGAUGAGGUUCUACAGUUGUUGGAUCGGUUCUAUAACCUGGAGAUGCUGAAGCCAGACGAUGAGGAAAUGGAAAUUCUGAAUCACGAGGAGGAUUUUUGCUUACCACAAACCUUCUUCGUCAAAGAAGAGUCUUAAGGCAAAUUGCUCAUAUGGAUUAGUAUCUUAGCACUGCCUGGCAUACGAUAGUUUUAUUAUCACAUUUUUUUUUUUUUAAUCUAGGGUCUUUCCCUUUUUGUUUUGUAAAUGUCAAUAUAGAAUCUUUUGCUGGUUAGUAUAAAUUCAAAAUCUCUCUUUACAAGUAUGAA